GUUGCGAGCUUAUUGGACGUCAGUGACCAGACGGUACCACUGGGCAUUCAGAUUUGCAACGCAUGUGAUACCGUUGCUUUGUUGUUGCGAGACGAAGUAGCAAAAGGCGAUGCGUUGAAGCUGUGUUGCGCGCAAGCUCAGCAAGAAGACUCGCCUGAGUUGCUCAAGGCAAGCAUCUUCGGCCUGAUGCAACCAGAGGAGAUGAAAGAAUUUCUUCAAGCGCCUGACCAUCGUCUUUGGUUGAAGAUCAAAUCAGAUACUGAACGAUUUAUAGAGCUCCUCAAAGACCCAAAAACAGUUCCCUACUCCGCCGAAGAGAUGACCCCAGAGCCCUUCAAUGAACGAGUUCGGACCAUGCGUCCGGUGGUGAUGGACCAGUCGGUACGAGAACCGGCCACGAACACACCGUUUGGCCAUACUGGCUACAUGAAGUAUCUGACCCUGAAGAUUGUGCAGGACAUUGCCAUUACUGGCCAGUACUAUGGCUCAUCAUACACUCCAGAGACCCAGAUCUUGGAGUGGAUGUGCUACAAAGGAGACAGCAUGGAUGGAAUGAUUGCGAUGUUCUCCCCAGGCCAAGCAGACCGUACGGCUGGUAUCAAUGCCAUCAGAGAAUUCAAGAUACCAAAUGCAUUUCUGGAUUUGACUAUGAAAGCGAGUGUACGCUUUGCCCAGUCUGACUUUGUGCAAUCCGUUGUCGACACUGUGGAGAAGAUUGAUGAGAUUUAUACAGAGAUGGGCUUGGACCCCUGCCCAUGGCGAGAAGACAGCGAAGUAAACGCAAGACCCGGCCGCGGCGAGAUUUCUUUGAACUUGGUGGAUUUGAUGGAGUUUUUAAAUUUAUCCAUCAACGGUGACAUGGAUGAUGUGAAGGAGCAAGAGGCAGCAAAUGCUUUUAGCACAUGGAAGGCAUGCGACGCAUUUAGGCGUAGAGUCGUAGCGAUUCUCACUGAGGAAGGCCGGGGAUGUGCAGACUACAGGGACUAUGGGCGUUUGGUUGGGUGGCUACGCAAACAUUUUCCUGAACAUGAGCACUACCGCAUUUUAGUUCACGCACAUGGUGGACACAGCAACGUGCAAGAUGCCGCUAGUGUGGAAGCUGCCCUACAGGGAGCAAAUGGAGUUUGGGCGGCCAUCAUACCCCAGGCCUCCCAAGCUGGACACAACUCCAGCUUGGUGUUCUUGGACAACAUCCUCCAGCUGGGCAACUCCCAUGUCCUGGAGGACUUUUGGCUUCACCAGGCCUCGGAGUGUGCUCGCCACGUCUACUUCUUGAACUUCAAUACCUACAAAAUCCAAGAUGAUUGCCCCAUCUGGGGGAUGGGGGGGGCUGAUGCGGCUGACGCACUCAGCAUUCAGCAGAGUCUCAGGAGAGUCCUGGCGCCACAGGCGGGGAGAAUACUUCAACGUUUGGAGCGACGAGGAGUCCCUAGAGCUGAAGAGAGCUGCAGAAUCAGACCUGCACUUGCAGAUGGAGGUGGCCUCCUUGCGGCAGGCCGAGCGAGGUGGAGAAUACCGCAUUUCGCCACUAGUCUCCGAUGUUGA